AGCGCCCGCGCGUCUACACGCCAGGUCGUCUCAGAAUUUCGACGAUCAUUGCAUUUGCUAGCCGUUAGCCAGCGACUGGUAUCAACUGGCAGCAAAUCUAGUCAGUCAAAUCAGUUAGCACUUAUCAGAAUACUUAGUUCAACUACUUCAAGUCAUCUGACCAAUCAGAUCUGCAGUGCAAUUGCAUUACGUACCCUUAGGCUUUUAUUGAUCAGUCAUCGACUUUGAUUUUAUACUCGCAUAUAUCUUGCGAUUCAUAUGUCUCCUCUGUUGGAAGAUAUAUAGUAUUAAAGCGACUCGCUUCUUAUACACACGACUCCACCUGUUGCUGAUCGCAGUUGUAUCCUCUUCGUCAUCUUCUCGCGAAUGACACAGCGACAAGGUUGACAGCAGCAUGGAGGACGCCGACGAAAUGUCUACAGCUGUAGAGCUUUACGUUUACGAUCUGACAAAGGGCAUGGGUUCAGCAAUGCUACAAGUUCUUAUAGGUCGUCACAUCGAAGGAAUAUGGCACACAGCAGUGGUUGCCUAUGGACGAGAGUACUUCUUUGGUCCAGCUGGUAUUCACAGCGUCAGACCUGGAGGAACUGAACUGGGCGAGCCACAGAGAGUAGAGAAGCUUGGCGAGACGUAUCUGCCGUACUCCGUAUUCCUUGAGUACAUCAACGGUCUUGGCACAUCGAAGUUUGCACCGGGCACCUACAACCUCUUCAGACACAAUUGCAACUGCUUCUCUGAGGAAGUCAGCUGCUUUCUCGUGGGUCAGGGUAUACCGAAGUACAUACUUGAUGUACCUGAAGAAAUACUACAGACACCAAUCGGUCAGGCUUUGGGUCCACUCAUUGAAACCUUGAGCAACGCUGCCAGCGCGGGAUUUACCGUCGGACAGAGAUUUGUGGAGGCUAGAAUUCGACGAGAAGUUUCACCGGAUUAUCAACUUCUUAAUAGCGAAAUAGAACAAGCAAGAUUGAAUUCAAUUGCCCUUGAGGAAAAGAGAAACGUCAUUAACGAGAAGUUAGCUAAGAAAGAAAGAAAGAAGAAAAAGAAAACGAAAAAAGAGAAAAGAGAGAAGGGUGCCAGUGGAAGUGUCGUUAGUGAAAGUGGAAGCGGAAGUACCGAAAGCGGUAGUCGAGUAGAAAUGGCGGAAAGUGCAAUUAGUGAAAUUCAACCGAAUGGCGAUACAGCUGCUGGUGUGGCAGAAGCCGUCGAGGAUAUGCUACCAUCGGACAGAGUCCUGCAAAUGGAGGCUGAGGAGAGACGCGAACUGGAGGAGAAGAAGCGACAGCGAGAUCCUCCUAUAGUAUUUAAGAACGUGGUGGAUGCAAAGGCCGAGUACGAGGCAUUGGUUAGACUCCUGGAUGGAAAAUUGAACGACGAGGAACGCAAGAGUAUCGAAGAACUUCGUCAGUAUGUUCUGGAGGACGAAGGUAGCUGGGCUCUGGGAGAUAACUUUCUCAACUUUGUCGGGCGUUUGCUGUAUGACAAGUCCUUGGAAAGUGCUGUAAGAGUACGAUUGCUCAAUGUACUCUCAAUUGCUGCGUUAAAGGAUGACGUCAUUUUAUUACUGCAUCAAGAUAGACGCGAACAUAUGAUAAUGAACUACGCUUUUGACAUCGAUCGUCAUCCUCUGGAGGAGCAGAUGUCCCUGGCACUCAUGAUGGCAAAUAUGUUUGAGAAUCUAAGUAGUUCAGAAUGGCUUCUGUACAUAUCUGAAUGGCAACAUCAGAACCAGGGUAUCAGCAACAUCCGGGUCACGACUAAGGUCGCCGUACACUCACUCUUAUCAGAUAAACCCGAACUGCAGGAACGUGGUGCAGCUAUCAUUCACAAUCUUGCCUGCAAGGAGGUAAAAACUGUGGUCUUUGAUGACGUCGCUGUGGAAUUGACAAUGGCGUUGCUACAAUAUUUCAAUGGAAAUCCUCCUGAAGAACAACUCUACGCUUGUAUGAAGGCUCUGGCACGUUUCACACAAAUUAGUGGACAGGAAGUACCGCAGCUGAUACAAAUGAUUGGUCCAGAACCAAAUAAAUUCCGCGGUACUUCGCAGAGGUUGGACGAACAGAUUGAUCAGAUCAAUAAGAAGCUGCGUUAAAAUAUUAGAUGAUCCUUUACUCCCUGACACCAUGAACCCCCUUUGAUCGUUCUAUUAAUCGACGAUCAAUUUUUUUAAAUGACCGCCAUCUACUAUUUUAUGAGUCUCGUAGAAACGAAAAUCUUACUUUUACCCCUGUCAUCCCUUCUGAUAAACUUUUAUAAAUCCUAUUCGUGAAUCUUUGCGCAGAUGCGCCUGAAUAAAUAAAUUAAAAUGAAUGAAUGAAUGAAUAAGUACGUGUGUCAGGGAAUAUAUGAAUGAGGGUGUACCUGAGUAUUUCUUUGUUUGGAAUAUUAACCGAAAGUUUUGAGAGCACACAUUUCUUUUUACUUUUCAUUUUUCUACUUUCACACUAUUGAUUGUUCUUCAUCAGUCAUAAUUAUCAUGAUUGAUCCUAAUUUGGAUUUUAUGUGAAUAUCCAAAUACGAGGAUCCAAGAUGAUAGUCAAUUAUUAUUUCAUAGAUAAUGGCUGAUAAUAAAUUUCUUGUAUUCUACGAUUAAUUAUGCUUCUAUUAUAAAUAGUUUAACUACCGCAAGUAGAGGUCAUCCAAUUAAUUCCUCCCUCAAAGUCCUUUAUGAACCAUAAAUGAUUAUGAGGAUGACGUACACCAAGGUGGGUGGCUUGUGAAUAGAAAAAAAAAAUAAGAAAUAGAGAAAGUUAAUGACAAUAAUUAGGUGAGAUUGUCUGAGACUGUAAGGUGUGGGAAAAAGAAAUAAAAUUUAUUGAAAGCGAGUA